AUGACAGAACCUACCGUUGCUCAGUCCCUAGUUAUUGGACUUGAUUUCGGCACCACUUUCAGCGGUGCUGCUUGGGCUAUUGACGGCCAGUCGCGGAAUAUCGAGCUUGUAGGAACAAGUCUCAAAGUACCCAUCGUCAUGACGUUUUUUAAAAAUCGUUUCCUUUGGGGGUGGCAGGCUCUGGCCUCGGCACAACAGGCAAUCCGUGGUGUCAAGCUCCUUCUUGACGAGGAUCAAAUGUAUCGAUAUAACCCAGCACUGCGAGCCAAGAAGUUGCUCAGUUCUCUGAACAAGUCGCCAGUCGAUGUUUCCACGGAGUAUUUAAAGAACAUUAUCGAACAUCCGUUUGCAAAAGAUGCAACCAUGAAGAUUGCCAUAAACGCUGGCAUAAACGAGGAUCUGCUUUCUUUGUUAUCUGAGCCAGAGGCGGCAGCACUUUAUACAUUGCGAGCCAUUCAGCCUAACACAAUUAAGAAAGGAGACAUAUUUAUUGUCUGUGACGCAGGUGGAGGCACUGUGGACCUUAUCUCUUAUUGCGUCGAUGAUCUCACUCCACUGAAACUAAGAGAGGUUGUUGAAGGAACAGGCGGAGUAUGCGGCUCGAUGGUUCUCGAUAAUCGCUUUGAGUCUCUUCUCGAAGAGCUACUGGGGUUCGAAACUUUUGAGCUUCUUCCGGAAAACACCCGAAAAGCAGCCCUUCAAUUCUGGCAAGAAUCGAUCAAACCAAAUUACGAUGGAACCGACCUCGAUGAUGACGAUGACCCUAAUUGGGAAUUGACCUUACCAGGACUUCCCGAUCAACCCUUAAUCGGACUGAAAGGAGGAUUUUUGCAGCUCACCAGGUCCUAA